UUUCCUGGACACCACUCACGACGACUUCAACCUCUCCUCCAGUCUAGAUAUCACUAACUUGGCCAACGAUGAUCCGCUUCUCGACGUGCCUCAUCGCGCUCCUCCUCGCCUCUUCGUCCCUCGCUGUGCCUUCUCCAUGGGUGAAGCACAUCCCCCGCGAGCUAGAGGGGUCGUUCUGGCCUCACCCUCCCAAGCCUCAGUCCCAAAGCGAAAUACUAGGCGGCGGGACUGCCCCCCACUCAGGCAACGAGUCCCCUUCGACCCCACAGGAUACGCCGAGCGCUUCAGGUACGGACACCGCCGUGCCCGCGCACGAAACGGUCCCUACUAUUAGUUUGGACCGCAACGACCCCGUUUGGGACUCGAGCUUUGAGGGCCCAUUCGAUGCCAUCCGGGGACCGCUGGGCGCGACGAUUAUUGGGCCCAAUAACCCCAACAUCGCGGUUCAGAACCCGGAUUUGUUCGCCCCUCCCAGUACGGAUUCUGGUACUGUACCCAACGUCAAGUGGCCGAUGAGUUUGAGCCAUAAUCGCCUUCAAACGGGUGGAUGGGCACGGCAACAGAACAUUGAUGUCAUGCCUAUCGCGAAAGCUAUGGCUGGUGUGAACAUGCGGUUGAAGCCUGGAGCCAUUCGAGAACUGCACUGGCAUAGUACGGCAGAAUGGGCCUAUGUGAUUAAAGGAAGUACUCAAGUCACAUCUGUCGAUGCCGAGGGUAGGAACUUCAUCUCAACGGUUGGCCCGGGCGAUUUGUGGUACUUCCCUCCUGGUAUCCCGCAUUCCUUGCAAGCUACCGGUGACGACCCCGAAGGGUCAGAGUUCUUGCUUGUGUUCGACGAUGGCGCGUUCAGUGAAGACAAUACAUUCAUGCUGACCGACUGGCUUGCCCACGUCCCUGCUGGAGUGCUGGAGAAGAACUUCCAACUUGGUGCCACCGCCUUCGCAGACCUUCCCGCCAAAGACCUGUACAUCUUCCCUGCCGACGUCCCAGCAGACGACCAAGAAGCACCCGAGAGCCCCUUCGGAACCGUGCCCGACCCCUUCUCCUUCGCCCUCUCGAAGAUGAACGCCACGCAAUUUGAAGGUGGAUCUGUGAAGAUUGUCGAUUCGACCACUUUUAAGAUCUCGAAGACGAUUGCGGCUGCUGAGGUUACGGUUGAACCUGGUGCAAUGCGGGAGCUUCACUGGCACCCUACCCAGGACGAGUGGGAUUUCUUCCUGGAGGGUCAAGGUCGUAUCACCGUAUUCGCUGCCCAGGGCAAUGCUCGAACAUUCGAUUUCCAGGCCGGAGAUGUUGGUUAUAUUCCCGCAUCAUUCGGACAUUACAUAGAGAACACGGGUAACACCACAUUGAAGUUCCUCGAAAUUUGGAAUACACCCAAGUUCCAGGAUAUCAGUUUGGCUCAGUGGCUGGCUCUUAUCCCUCCUUCCCUUGUCAAAGCCCAUCUCGGAUUCACGGACGAAGUGAUAGAGAAGUUGCCAAAGACCAAGCCUGUUGUUGUAGUCCCCAAGAGCGCUUCGAAGUGAACUAACUAAAUAUUUUCUUCUAUUCGUUUCCUGAGCCAUUUCUUACCGCGAUAUCUGACCACGAGUGUCAUACGAUUUUAGUGUAUGCUAAACCAUCUGUCACAGAUGGACAUCUAGAAGUAUUUCUACCUGUUCAAAUUAUCGAACGUGGUCUAGCUCUAU